AAGCUGCUGAGUAAAUUUCAGAUGCCUAGUUUACUUAAGGAAGGUGACAUAAUGAUUGGCGGUAUUUUUCCGAUUUUCAACAAACAGUACGACAGAGCUUUUUCCUUUGAGGAAUAUCCAUCUCAGGUGAAAUGCAAAGUAUUUGACCUACGAGCCUUUCGCUGGACUCAAGUAAUGAUAUUUGCCAUCGAUGAGGUAAACAAAGACAGUAACUUGCUUCCUAACAUCUCUUUGGGAUAUAAGAUCUUAGACUCAUGUGCCUCCCCUCCAAAUGCUUUACGAGCUGCUCUCACUCUGGUGGGUGAGCCGGAUGGAAUAGAAUCUAGUGAUCAGUGCCAUCCUCCUAUAUCUGCUGUAGUAGGAGAGUCAGGAUCUUCACAGUCGUUAGCUGUGGCAGAAACAUUUGGACCUUUUGGCAUACCUGUGGUCAGCUACUUUUCAACAUGUGCCUGUUUGAGUGAUAAACUGAAAUACCCAACGUUUUUCCGUACAAUACCAAGUGACUACAACCAAGCAAAAGCAUUAGCAUCUCUGGUUAAAAAAUAUGAAUGGAAUUGGAUUGGAGUUAUACAGUCUGACAAUGACUAUGGAAGAAAUGGAAUAUUAGCCUUUACUGAAGAGGUUCAAAGAUUUGGAGUUUGUAUUGCGUUUACUACUACGGUUCUAAGGACUUAUCCUCACAGUAAAAUACUUGAAGUGGUUGACAUAAUAAAAUAUUCAACAGCAAGAGUGAUUCUUGCAUUUGUCCCUGAGGGAGACCUCUACCCUUUGAUGAAGGAACUCGUAAGACAAGAUAUCACAGGAAUCCAGUGGAUUGCUAGUGAGGCCUGGAUAACUGCAGCAAGACCAUCCACACCAGAAAUGUUCAAGUCUUUCGGUGGUACAGUUGGUUUUGCUGUGCAGAAGAUGUCAAUUCCAAAACUACAGCCAUUCCUUACAAGUAUCAGCCCCUACACAUCUCCAGUAGGUGCUUUUGUGAGUGAUUUCUGGGAAACAGUGUUUGGCUGUAAGCCAUGUUUAGGUGACUGUAAUUCUUCAUAUUCCAAUAACGCUACAUUUCCCAAACAACUGUGCAGUGGUGAAGAAAACCUAGACUACACAGAUGUAUUUUUCAAUGUCACACAGCUACGAGUGUCAUACAAUGUAUAUAAAGCUGUGUAUGCAAUUGCACACGCUCUUCAUCACAUGAUCUUCUGUGGAAAAACUGAAAGCGGUGUCUUGAAACAGUGCUUCAAUGCAUCAUAUAUAACUCCAAAACAGGUCAAUCAUUACCUUAAGACUGUACAAUUUGUGGAUGCUUUUGGGGAGACAGUGUUGUUUGAUGAGAAUGGAGAUCCCCCUCCCUCCUAUGAUAUUAUCAACUGGCAGCUGAAAGAUGGAGAGGUUCAGCAUGUGACAGUGGGCCAGUUCAGAACAUCUGGAAGAGCAGACCAUGAACUCACCAUAAGGGAGGGUGAUAUCAUCUGGAACACAGGGAAGUUGGUACCAAAAUCUGUCUGCUCAGGGAUUUGUCCAACUGGCACAAGGAAAGCUCAAAUUAAAGGCAUGCCUGCCUGUUGUUUCGACUGCAUUCCAUGCACUGAUGGGUCUAUAGCCAACACAACAGGUGCAGCAGACUGUUUUCCAUGUCCAGAGGAUUUUUGGUCAAACACAGGGAGAAACAACUGCAUCCUGAAAACUGCUGAAUUCCUUUCAUAUGAAGAUCCUUUGGGAAUUGCUCUUACAGUCAUGUCACUGUUUGGUGUUUGCCUGAGUUUGACUACAUUUGUUGUGUUUAUUUACUUCAGAAACACACCAAUAGUUAAGGCCAGUAACCCAGAGCUGAGCUUGUUGUUAUUGUUCUCCCUAUUCCUCUGCUUUCUUUGUCCUCUUACUUUCAUUGGUGAGCCAAGAGACUGGACCUGCAUGUUACGUCACACUGUAUUCGGUAUAACCUUCGCCCUUUGUAUCUCCUGUGUGCUUGGGAAAACCAUAGUUGUGGUUAUAGCCUUUAGAAACACAUUACCAGGGAACAACACAGUUGUGAAGUUUGGCCUGUUGCAGCAAAGGCUCAUAGUAUGUUCAUGUACUGUUGUGCAAAUAUUUAUCUGCCUGAUCUGGCUGAAAAUAUCCCCACCUUUUCCUAAUAAGUCAUUUAAGUACAUUAAUAAAGAGAUUAUUCUUGAAUGCAACCCAGGCUCAGAUGCUGCAUUCUGUGUUGUGUUGGGAUACAUUGGCCUUCUCUCAGGAAUAUGUUUAGUCCUAGCCUUUUUAGCCAGGAAACUGCCUGAUAACUUUAAUGAGGCCAAAUUCAUCACAUUCAGCAUGUUCAUAUUCUGCGCUGUAUGGUUAGCGUUUAUACCAGCUUAUGUCAGUUCACCUGGAAAGUUCACUGUUGCAGUAGAGAUAUUUGCCAUUUUGUCAUCUGCUUUUGGUUUGCUCAUAUGCAUUUUUGUGCCAAAAUGCUAUAUUAUUUUGAUGAAACCAGAGAGGAACACAAGAAAACAUAUAACACUAAAAGUUCCAAGAAAGGCUCUCUGA